AUGCUUUCAACUGAGAUACCGUGGGAGACGCAACUUGGGAGAAAGAGAUGGAGACGACCACCGUGGGAGAAAGAGAUGGAGACGACCAACGUGGGAGAAGAUGGAGACGAUGAGAAGGGCAUGGUUCUGUUCAAGCGAGAAUGCAACGAUAAAGAUUGCAAAUUAGGGCAGAAUAAUCCGACGGGAAUGGAAUUCAAAGACCAUAGAGAAUUGAGGUUGAUACAUAUAAUUGGGAGAAAUGGUCAAUAUGGAUUAUGGAGUUUGAAGAACACCUUAUUGUAUUAUAUAAGGCUUCCAUGCACAUUAAAUCUCCACACUGAAUUCACAAACAAAACACACAGAGAAUUGAGGAUGAAGCUCAAAGUUUUGAUCAUUGGGGGUACUGGAUACAUAGGGAAAAGGCUAGUGAAGGCCAGUCUACAACAAGGCCAUGAGACAUACGUUCUCCAACGAUCAGAUAUCGGGGGUGACGUUGAGAAAGUCCAGAUGCUGCUGUCCUUCAAGAAGCAGGGAGCUCGUCUCCUCAUUGGUUCGUUUAACGAUCAUCGCAGUCUCGUAGAAGCGGUGAAGCAAGUAGAUAUUGUGAUAUGUACAAUAUCUGGUGGCCAUCAACUCCUGCUUCAACUAAAACUUGUUGUUGCCAUCAAAGAGGCCGGAAACAUUAAGAGGUUUUUGCCGUCUGAGUUUGGUGCGAAUCCAGCUAGAAUGGGGGAUGCAAUGGAACAAGGAAGGGCAAUCUUUGACGACAAAAUGGUGGUGCGAAAAGCUAUUGAAGAUGCGGGCAUCCCUUUCACGUACGUAUCUGCAAAUUGCUUUGCUGGUAUUUUUGUCGGAGGGCUGUGUCAAGUCGGCCACUUUCUUCCUUCACGGGAGUCGGUCGUCUUGUAUGGAGAUGGCAAUCAAAAGGCUGUAUUUAUGGAUGAAGAUGAUGUAGCAGCAUAUACGAUCAGAACCAUAGACGAUCCACGCACUGUUAACAAGACGGUCUACUUGAGGCCUCCCGCGAAUAUACUUUCACAAAGGGAAGUUGUCGGAAUCUGGGAGAAGCUCAUCGGCAAAGAGCUCAAGAAGUCGUCUUUAUCGGAACAAAAUAUUCUCAAUAUCAUGAAAGAGAAAGAUUUAGCAGAGCAGGGAGUAUGGAGUCAUUUCUACCAUUUUUUCUACCAAGGUUGCCUUGCGAACUUUGAGAUCGAAGAUGAUGCUGAAGAAGCUUUUCUUCUUUAUCCUGAUAUCAAAUACACUAAAAUGGAGGACUACCUCAAACAAUACCUUUGAUUGGUUACAGUUAUCGUUGCAUAUUGAUAUUGUGUUUGCUUCAACUGUGUAUGUAAUUGAUUACAGUUAUCGUUGCGUAUUGAUAUUGUGUUUGCUUCAACUGUGUAUGUAAUUAGUGUUUUUGUUUGAGUUAUCGGAAAAUAAGGACAAGUUUGAGUUGUACAAACUUGGGUUCAUGUCAAAUUACACAAACGGGCACCGGUGCAAAGUCACGCCACUACUCGGCUAACACAUCGGUUAGGGAGA